UCUGCUGUAUACUUUUGUUUAUAUACAAUUUGAAAAUAAUAAAGCAAUUUAAUAAUUAUCAAACAAAUUUGAAACAAAAUUAGUAAUUUAAUUACAUUUUUACUACUUGUAUUAUUAUUCAAAUUACAAUUGUUCUUUUUUUGAGACAAUCACAAAAAAAUGUCAACAAAUGAAUGUUUGGCGCCUUUUUAAAAUGUAAGGUUAGUUUUUAUAAUAUUCUUAUAAGAAAAUGUAAAAAUGUAUGUAUAACAUUUUUCCAUUUUUUAAUAUAAAAAUAUCACUAAAAAAAUGGAUAAAAGUGAACAAUCACAGAAAUCAGAAGAUGAUAAUUAUACAGAGGAUAAAGAGGAAAUUUCCCUAUUGUUACAAACUGUACCAGCAUUAAAUGAUUUAUUUAAUAUACACUGUAAAGUUGGUGAAGGUAGUUUUAGUUCCGUAUUUUUAGCAACUCUCAAGUCUUCCAAAGAUUCCAAAAAGUUUGCUAUUAAACAUUUAAUACCUACGUGUCAUCCUUCAAGAAUUCAACGUGAAAUGAAUUGUCUUAAAAAAAUUGGGGGUCAAGAUCAUGUAGCCGGAUUGGAAUUGUGUUUAAGACAUGCAGGAUCAGUUGUUUUAGUUAUGCCUUUUAUGAGGCAUGAUAGAUUUAUGGAUUAUGUACAAGAUAUGACAGUGGAUGAGACAAAACAUUAUAUGCGUGCCUUAUUAACUGCCUUGCAAAGAGUGCAUAGAUUUCAUAUUAUGCACAGAGAUAUAAAACCCAAUAAUUUUUUAUACGAUCGUUCUAAUAGAAGAUAUCUUUUAGUUGAUUUUGGUUUAGCUGAAAAUUACAAAAGAGAUAUUAAUAAAAGUAAUAUAAAACCGUUAACACCACCUGUCGCUGAUAAUGUAAAAAGAAAAAGAGAAAAUGAGGUGACUAAAAGUUCUCCUACGUCUCUAGGAAAAUUGGAAGAAAAAUGUUAUUGUUUCGGAAAACCAAAAGUUUGCUCUCUUUGUUUAAUAAGACCCGCACAAGUUGCACCUCGAGCUGGUACUCCAGGAUUCAGAGCACCGGAAGUUCUCUUAAAACAUCCUGCUCAAACACCAGCAAUUGACAUUUGGGCGAGUGGAGUUAUUUUAUUAUCAAUUCUUAGUGCAACACAACCUUUUUUUCGAUCUCCAGAUGAUGGUACUGCUUUAGCAGAAAUUAUCACUAUUUUUGGAUCUGAUAAAAUUCAUCUCUGUGCACGAAAAUUAGGAAAAAAGAUAACAAUUCCCGAACAAAUCCCACCAGUUGAUAUCGUAAAACUUUGUCAAAAGUUACGAAACAGAGACAAAAAUAUAAAAUCUGAAGAGGAAUCUUCAGAGAAAUAUUUUCCACUAGAAGCAUUUGACUUAUUAUCGAAACUAAUGGAAGUGGAUCAUAGACUGCGAAUAACAGCUACUGAAGCUCUCAAACAUCCAUUUUUAAAAUUCUAAUCAAAUUUAUUUUCAAUGAGGACCAUAUCAAUAAAAAUGCUAAACAUAGUUAUUUCAUAUAGUUUCUGAAUAAUAUAUUUAUAAAAUGUUUAACAAAUUUGUAUUUGGAUAAUUGUUAAUAAUAAUUGUUGGCUGUGUUUUACAGAAUAAAUUAUAAUUUUCCGCA